AGCACCUUUUUGCAGUCAAACUUCUCCUUCCGGCCGUUGCGAAUCUGACCUCGGAAAGAUUUUGUUGCAUAUUCUAUUCUUGUACAUCUUGUUGUCUCCCCGGUCUCAAUAUAGUGCCGUUUGUCCAUCGUUUGUAGUAUUUGUCCCCCUCCAGAUUGCGGCAUCUCUGCCCACAACGGAAUCGGAAAAGUUUGGCGAAAACGUCACGAUCGGCUCGAAUUUGAUACUCCACAUCCACUUCCAUUCGACUCUCAUUUAUCCUUGUUAUCCGAACCGCCAGAGGUCCCAGAACAUUCCAGGAACCGUUAUGGCCUUGCGAUAGCCUUGACUGGCCUUUUCGCCCUGUUCAAGAUGGGCCUUUUACAACUGGGAACGCCCUUGGAGUGGCCAGAAGCCAAAAAGGCAGCAAACCAAGUUAGAGAGUGGGGUAUCGAGCAACUGCUCACAAUAUGGCGAAAAGCCAAGGUCAAGGAAAGAGAUGCCCUUCUGUGGGGCGACGAGAUCGAGUAUCUCGUCGUCGCAAUCGACGAGGAACAUAAAAAGGUCCGGCUCUCUCUAUGUCAGGCCGACGUCCUCAAAGCGUUGGCGAAAGACCAGGAGCUAGCGAAGCAGGACACAAUGGUUCCUGAUCUCCAAGCAGAUAACAUUAAAAGUGGCACACUGCCGACUUUCCACCCCGAGUUCGGUCGCUUCAUGCUCGAAGCUACACCAGGAAAGCCUUGGGGCAUCGGCUUCAAAGAUUUACUAGACGUCGAGUCGGACAUGAGAACCCGACGGGUCAUUGCAAAGCAGCACAUGGAUCCGGACCAGUACCCCAUCACACUAACCACAUUCCCUCGCCUAGGCACAAGAGACGAUUUUAUAACACCAUAUUACCCUCCUUCCGGGCCUGCCUUGAGAUCCCAAUUCGUUCCCGACGAGAUCGCCAAUCCGCACAUCCGCUUUCCCACGCUAGCAGCCAACAUCCGAUCGCGUCGAGGUCGAAAGGUCGAGCUCAACGUGCCCGUCUUCAAGGACAAAAAGACGCCAUCCCCCUUUCACGACCCGACCAUCAAUUACGACCUACACAACUGGCCCGAAGACGACGACGUGCGCAACGGCGCCGCAAAGCCUGACUGCGUCUACAUGGACGCCAUGGCUUUCGGUAUGGGCAGCUGCUGCCUACAAAUCACCUUCCAGGCCAAGAACAUCCGCGAAGGCCGCACCCUCUACGACCAACUUUCCCCGCUCGGCCCUGUCCUAUUGGCCCUGACGGCCGCCACGCCCAUCUACAAAGGCUUUCUCGUCGACACGGAUGUGCGAUGGAACCAAAUCUCGCGCGCCGUCGACGACCGCACGCCCGAAGAGCUCGGCGAAAAGCCGCUCAAGAACGACCGCUGGCGCAUCCCCAAAUCCCGUUACGCCAGCAACAGCACCUACAUUGCCCAAGACCCGCGCCUGCGCAACGAGUACAUGGACCCGAACCUGAUCGUCGACGAACGGCUGAAGCAGAAAUUGCUCGACGGCGGCAUGGACGACCUCCUGGCCACGCACUUCGCGCACCUGUUCAUCCGGGACCCGCUGGUCAUUUUCUCCGAGGACCUCAAGUCUCUCGAUCCCGAGGGCAGCAACCACUUCGAGAACAUCCAGAGCACGAAUUGGCAGCACAUGCGCUUCAAGCCGCCCCCUCCAGACGCGGAUAUUGGCUGGCGCGUCGAGUUCCGCAGCAUGGAGAUCCAGAUCACCGACUUCGAGAACGCGGCGUUUAGUAUCUUCAUCGUGCUCGUGACCCGCGCCAUCCUGAGCUUCGACUUGAAUUUCUACAUCCCCAUCCCACGGACCACAGAGAACAUGGAGACCGCGCACGCACGCGACGCCGUCAUGCGCGAGAAAUUCUGGUUCCGCAAGGAUCCCUUCCCCCGGCGCAGUCCCCGAGCGAGUCCGCUUCUGAACGGCCUUGCCGAGCCGCGCAGUAGGAAUGAGAAUCCCAGCGCCGCCGCGGCGGAUGCCAGCCUCAAGGAGACGUUUGGGCCCGUCGAAGAUGAAUACAGACUCAUGACGAUCGACGAGAUCAUCAACGGCACGCAUUCGUGCACUGCAGGCGGCGCCGAGACGAGCAACAACAACAACAGCAACACUGCUGGCGGCGACGGCGAGUACUUUCCCGGACUGAUCCCCCUGGUCGAGUCGUAUCUGGACAGCGUUAAUAUCGAUGUCACGACGCGCUGCGAGUUGGCCCGGUACCUGGACCUGAUCCGCAAGAGGGCCGACGGGACGCUGUGGACGGGCGCGAAGUGGUUGCGCGAAUUCGUCAGGACUCAUCCUGGGUACAAAUUCGACAGCGAGGUGAGCGAGAAGAUUGUUUAUGAUCUGUUCAAGGCCGUCGAGGAGGUCGGGAAAGCCGAAGGCGAAAACGGGAGUGUCGGGUGGGAGAUGCUGACUGCAAAGGAGAGAGCCAAAGGUUUGGAUGAACGUGAACGAUCCUGCUGUGGUUAGUUGAUUUGUUGCAGUGCAGUACGAACUACGAAGGACAAGGGGGCACAGCAAGAUCACGACAAGGCUAGCAUAUUAAGAGCAUAGUAAGGGUGUGCCAUACUUGGUAGUAGUGUGCUGGACUGGACUUGACUUGACUUGUGCUGCCAGAGUUAUAGAGGACAUAGAGAAAAGCCAUAUUCUAGCGGAGGAGUUGUUAUAGAUGAAGUCGUUCAUGAUUGAUGCACAUGAAAUCCGUCAAGUCAUAUGUCGAUGGCUGCACCUUGGGGUGCUACUCACGAAGAGCGAAUCUGUACGGAAUCUCCAUACAAGCAGAGCAAAGCCGUC